AUGGAGCUGGGGCUGGCGUUCCUCUUGGUGCUCGCCUUGACCAACUCAGGAUCCCUGUCUCUGUCCCCACUUUCUGGGGCUGGCAGGAGCGGAGAAGCCGGGGCCUCCCCGGCAGCCAGUUCUGAGGGUGGCUUGAAGGAGAGGGGAAUGGCUGCAGGAGUGCAGGGCCCGCACCCCGCCAGCUCCGGACAGGAGCAGGGUCCAGACCCUGUCGGGGUGCCCCGACCCCGGGACCGACGCUGCACGUGUUUCACAUACAAGGACAAAGAGUGCGUCUACUAUUGCCACCUGGACAUUAUUUGGAUCAACACGCCUGAACGUACUGUGCCCUACGGACUGUCCAACCCCAGUGCCAGCUUCCGGGGCAGGAGGGCCUCGGGACUGACCCCACAGUCCCUGCCACCAGCCCAGCAGGCCCAGCGCUGCACCUGUAUGGAUGAUCAUGACUGGGCCUGUGUGAGCUUCUGCACCUGGACCCCCGCUGCCAGCAGGAAUACAAGAGGCGAAGAGGAUCCUCCAGAGAGGAGAAAGGCCAGGCAUGAAGGAUUCUGA